AUGAGAAACAGUGUUUGCCACAGUGCAACUAUAUACGCUAACGCACUUAUGCAUGCUGGAACAACAGUGGAUACAUUCUUGAAGGAGAAUCUGGAUUGGCUAAGCAAGGCGACAAAUUGGGCUAAGUUCAGUACGACAGCUGGACUAGGUGUUAUCCAUGGAGGCCAUUUACAGCACGGAAGAUCACUAAUGGCACCUUACCUUCCACAAAGUGGGGCGGGUGGUGGUGGUGGAGGUGGUAGUCCCUAUUCAGAAGGGGGUGCACUUUAUGCUCUUGGUUUAAUCCAUGCACUUUAUGCUCUUGGUUUAAUCUAUUUACAGCAAGGAAGAACUGUUUUAUGCUCUAGAAAUGGUGUGGGGGAAGAAGGACAAGGAGAAUCUUAUUUUGAUGGAAAUAUAUCAUUUUUUGCUUUAAGUUGUAAAGAAUUAAGAUGCAGAGAUGGUGGGAUGUAUGCGUUGGCAUUGGCGUAUAGUGGCACAACAAAUAAUAAGGCUAUUAGACAGUUGUUACACUUUGCUGUAUCGGAUGUCAGUGAUGAUGUUAGAAGGACUGAUGUUUUAGCUCUUGGCUUUGUUUUGUACUCUGAACCUGAACAGGGAGGAAGCUCCCAGACUGCAUUGCUUUGCUGUUGCUCACCGAGUCUAUCUAAUUCAUCAGAGAGUGUAUCCACUCUAAGGUUUGGAGCAAGAGCAAAGCAUAUAAAGGCAUCAUCACGGGUAAUGAGAAGCAACAACAAGGAAGACAUUGACAAGAAGCAAUAG